AUGCGCUGCCGAGAGGCUCUGGCUGCGGCAGUGGUGGUGGCCUGCAUGGUAAUCGCACCGGCUACAGCCUACACGACCGAGCAGUGCCGUGAACUGUCACGGUGCGAUGUUGGCGGCACCUUCGUGUACUCCUUCUCGGAGAAGUGCGUCUGUUGCCCGGAGCCACCGACCGGCAGCAUCCUUCCGGUGCAGUGCGCUCCGUCGACCCCGCUUUGCCCCGGUGUGUCUCACUGCAAAGCAUGCGACACCACCGUCGGGAGGUGUGACGUCUGCGUGAGUGGCUACGUGCUCGAGCCCAUCACCAGCAGCUGCACGCAGUGCUUAGCAUCCAUGUGCGACAUCUGUCAGUCGGACUCCGAAGGUAAGCGUUGCCAGCUGUGCUCAGAAGGCUACUAUUGGACCAACGGUGGGGAGUGCUACCCUGUGUCUAGCAGCAUGCCCGCAGAGAACACGCAAUGCCGCGUCGCCUUCUGCAGCACCUGCGCCACCGCCGCCGCUGACACCUGCAUCAAGUGCGCCGACGGCUACACAACAGACAGCAAAGGAUUCUGCGUCAAUCAGUGCACCAUCCAGAACUGCGAUAUGUGCUACACAGAUAAUGCCGCCGACUGUCAGCUAUGCUCUGCUGAAAGCACCUGGAGUACAACAGGCUGCUUAUCUGGUACAAGUGGUUGCCGCAUCGGACAUUGCACUACCUGUCUAGCCGGCGACCACAGCACGUGCGUCGCAUGCGAAUCGGGGUACACCCUCAGCGCUGGCUACUGCUUCUCUUCGAAGUCCUGCGCCGACGCCAACUGUGCCAGCUGCCCCAGCGACCCCGGCACGUGCACUCAGUGCAAGCCAAACUACUUCCUCACCCCGCUCUUCACCUGCUCGGAGGUGCCCUGCAGCAUCGAGAACUGCAUGCAGUGCGACCCACAGAAUCCGUCGCGCUGCCAGAAGUGCGUGGCCCCCUACGAGGUCGACAGCUACGACGGUCUCUGCAGGCUCUCCGACACCUGCGCCGUGCCCAACUGCAAGAAGUGCGCGGCCGGCACCUCCAGGCUGUGCGCCGAGUGCGACGCCGGCUACAGUCUCGCCGCCGACGCGACGAGCUGCAGGAACGCAAACCCGCAGGCGUGCGAGGUGGAGCACUGUAACACGUGCGUGAGCGGCGACAGCACCCGCUGCACCUCCUGUGACGCCGGCUACUACGUGUCCAAUGGCAAGUGCCUUGCCGUGAGGUCGUGCUACGUAUCCAACUGCGCGCAGUGCAUGAUGCUUGACAACACCAAGUGCUCCACGUGCAUGAACGGGUAUCUGAUCACGUCGUCUUACCGAUGCGUCUCGCAGAAUGUCAUCAACGGCGCGGCCGCGCCCCAUUCUCUCUGGAUGGCCGCCGCCGUGCUGCUCGCCUCC